GAAAUGUCACCUUCAAGUAAAGCCUCCUGCGCUUUGGCGAUUGUACAUACUCCGAGAAAAGAAAUCGAAAGAAAGGAAAAUAAGUGCGUCUUAGCUACUUGUGGGAUAUGGAAACACGUUUCUCAGCAGGGCGGGAAAUUCAUUGGUACCGGGAGCCUCAUAAAGGACUUCUUUCCCAUGUGCAAGCAAAAACUUCACCUGGUCACAAGCAACAAGGUUAUUCCAUCUAAUGAUUUAAGUGACUACUCUUUGUAUUUCAAGAAAUCAAUAGACAAAGAAAAAGAACCGAAGAAGCUAGUUGAUAUGGUGUCUGACAAUGUGAUCUUCAAAUCAGACCUCGCAAUUGUCCCUAUUGAUCCAAACAAACUUGGCAUCAUUAGGAAACGUAAUUCCGGUUUGAUGAAUCACCGUCCAUUUACCAUAUGCGCUAAAGUAAAGGAAGACUUAAGAAAUGAUGAAUUAUAUUGUCACGUCGUUGAGGAAUCCGGAAAUUCAUUUGCCAUAAGACCAUACCUAGUGAAGAGGAUCGCAGACGAAGAAACAUAUCUCGCUGACCUCAGUUCCGGAAAGAUAGAAAGCACUAGAUUUCACAAAGAUUAUCGAAAAGGCCCUGGAGCUCCAAUUACAAUAACAGUCGAAGGCGAGGCAGUUGCUGUGGGUGCCAUUACUCUUGGUAACAACGAGCAGCUUUCUUUUGUUCUGUUUUCACAGAUUGACAGGACACGGGCAUUUUCAGAUGAAAUAGAUGGAGGAGGUGGAGAACAACAGGUACCAGGGGAACCAGCAGAAGGAAGAGAGCAACAGGUGCCAGGGGAACCAGCAGGAGGAGGAGAGCAGCAGGCACCAAGGAAACUAGCAGUAAGAGGAGAACAACAGGUGUCAGGGAAACCAGCAGUAGGAAGAGAGCAACAGACACCAAAGGAAGCAGCACUGAAAGGAGAACAACAGAAGAAUUGUUCUGAACAAGAUAGUGGUACAUUAUCAUCAAGUCUCAGCAAGGAUGCAAGGCAACAAGAAACUCUAAAGCACUCAGUGGAUCAGGACACGUCCACUCAUGGUGUGUAUUUUGGAAUUAUUUAA